AUGGCGGAUCAGCUGACAGAAGAACAGAUCGCGGAGUUCAAGGAGGCGUUUUCACUGUUCGACAAAGAUGGCGACGGCACCAUCACCACCAAAGAAUUGGGCACCGUGAUGCGCUCGCUCGGACAGAACCCCACAGAGGCUGAACUACAGGACAUGAUCAACGAAGUCGACGCGGACGGCAAUGGCACGAUAGACUUCCCCGAAUUCCUAACAAUGAUGGCGCGCAAGAUGAAAGACACAGACAGUGAGGAGGAGAUCCGCGAAGCGUUCCGCGUGUUCGACAAGGACGGUAACGGGUUCAUAUCCGCGGCCGAGCUCCGCCACGUCAUGACCAACCUCGGCGAGAAGCUCACCGACGAGGAGGUCGACGAGAUGAUCCGCGAGGCCGAUAUCGACGGUGACGGGCAGGUCAAUUAUGAGGAAUUCGUCACCAUGAUGACGUCGAAG